AUGGUGAUAGCAGAGCUGGCAGCCGCGGCUGCGGCGCAGGCUGAGGCUGAACGUGUGGUGGCUGAGAAGGCAGCAGCGGAGGCCGCGGCCACGGCGGCUGCGGAGGCUGAGCGCAGGCAAGCUCAGCAGCGGCAGCUGCAGGCCGCAGAAGAGGCCGAGGCAGCCGCGACCGCUGCGGCGGCUGCGGCGGCCGCCGCUGCUGUGAUAGAGGCCGACCGCCAAGCAGCUGAGCAGGCGGCCGCGGAGGAGGCGGCGGCCACGGCGGCCGAGGCCGAGCAUCUCGCAGCCGACCAUGCUGAGUCAUCAUCGCAAGACGACGACCGCCAAACGACGCAGCCAAUGCCUGGACAAGGCGCUUCGGAGGCCACAGCAGCGGUGGUCGCAACAGCGGCACCAGAGGCUUCACCGUUAGUGGCAGCGGCCGCGGCGCAGCAAGGCGUGGCACAUGAGCAGGAGCAGGGGCGGGACCGUGAGCAGGAGCAGCAGGCAGCAGGACAGCUGCUGCCGCUGCCGCCGGCGCCGCAGCUGCACCUGCUGGUGGACCAGGAGCACGACCCGCAGCAGCACCAAUGGCCAGUGCAGCCAGGACAGGACCCGCCCUCGCCCUCAGAGCCGCUGGCAGACCAGCGGCAGCACCAGCAGCAGCUGAUGCAGCUGCAGCAGGAGGUGGCGCAAUCGCCGCUGCGGGCGUCCCUCAUCCGGCGGCGGCUGGCGCAGCGCGAGAGCCAGCGGCUGAGCCAGGGGCUGCUCACUCUUGAGCCGCCGCCGCAGGCAAGUGCUGAGUUGCAUGAUAAGACGCUGUCCCCGCGGCUUGCGUCACAGGAGCAGGAGCAGGAGCUGCCCCUGGGCCCGCUGCGCAAGCAGCAGCCGCAGCACCAACAGCAGCUGCAGCAAUCGGCAACAUUUCUGCGCAGGAGCGUCGUCGCGCGGGAGCCGCUGCGGUCGCUGCUGCCGGAAGGGCGCCUGGAGCGCCAGCAGGGCCGACUCACCUCGGCCGAGGCCGCCGCAGCAGCCGCAGCGGCGGCCGUCGCGCGCCAGUGCGGCGCAGCCGAGCGCGGGGCCCAAGAGCAGCGGUCCGCCGUGGAGGCGCUCUGCGGCAGCGUCAACGCGGUGCUGCAGCGGCGCACGGCCCUGCUGCCGCAAGGGGACGGUGGUGCCGAGGAGGGCGGGGCCGCUGGCCCUGAGGAGGCGCUGGCGGAUGGGGAUGGGGAUGGGGAUGGGGACGUGCUCCUGACAGAGGCAGAUAUGAUGAUGCAGGAUGUCAGCAGCCGCCUGCAGAUGAACGAGCGGCGGAUGGAGGAGGUCCAGGCCCUCGCGCGCUCGCCGAGCGCCGCGGGACGCCAGAGGGCCGCGGUCAUGGAGCUGCGGCGGCGCGUCGUCGCUCUGGAGACCACCGCAGCGGUCCUCGCAGGCGGCAGGGAGCGCGCCGUCUCCCCGUCCCCCUCUGUGGCCAGCAAUGAGGGCGGCGGCCACCAUGGGGGGCGCCUGGUGCGCCUGCCGCAGCUGGCCCAGCAGAUCGGCGACCUAACCUCGGACCUCGCCCGGGCGCGCGCCGCCAUGGAGGCCGACCUCGCACAGCUCAGCGCGGAGCUGCAGGCGGACAGGGAGGAGGUGGAGGCGGAGAGGCGCCGCGCCGCGGCCGCCGCGGCGGAGGAGGCGGGAGCUGUGGGCAGGGAGGUGCAGGCGCGGCUGGAGAUGGCGGCGCGCGAGGCGCGGGCGGUGCGGGAGAGGGAGGCUGACCUGGCGCGGUGGUCGUCCGCCGUGCUGCGGCGCCUGCAGGAGCUGGGCCGCUCCCUGGGCGCCCGCCUGGAGGCGCUGGGCGUGGCGCAGGAGGUGGCGCGGCGCGAGCUGGCAGUGGCGGCGGCAGACAUAGGCGCCCUGGAGGCCGGGCCAUGCCAGGCAGUAUUUUGA